AUGGCCCUCACGCUUAUGUUCCUCCUGGCAUGUAUGACGCAGGGUGCACUGGGGAUCCACAUAACGCGGUCCCACGUAAUGCAGUUCCAUGUGACACAUCCAGACAUAGUACUGCCCCCUAAAGCCACGAGCGUUCAAGGUGCACACAAACGAGGCAUGAACAGGGUUCUUUUUUUAAGCACCACAAGUAAUUACCACCGUGUUCACCUGCACCAGAAUCGAGUGAAGAGCAAAAAGGAGACAAGCUCGGAAGAAGAGCAUGCGCCAACCUUUGAUGAAUAUUUCAACAAGCGAGCAGAGGAAGACUACACCAAGUUAGAAGCAGAGAAACUCAAAAUAAUGAGAGAGAAUGCCAAUACAUAUAGGGACGAAAUUAGGAAGGUACUUGAACGCAGUUACAAAAGCGAAUACAAGAAAUUGCUGAAGGAAGAGAAGGAAGACGAGGAGGUGAGCAGACAGGUGCACGAAAACCUCAAAAUAACGUUCCUCAUGAAGGAAAAUAUAAACAAUUUUUUGUUCACUCGGUACAGCUAUAUGAUCAACCGCUUGAAGGAGCAGUCCGCUAUUUUGAGGAGCCUGCGCGGGGAGACAACUAAGAGCACCACUGAGGGGGACAUCACGGAGGGGAAGAGUGGCGAGGGGGACACCACGGAGGGAAGGAGUAGCGAGGGGGACACAAAAAUGAAAAAGAGUACAGAGGAGAAGACCACCGAAGGAAUGAUCAGAGAUAGGAUCACCAACGGGGAAAGUGUCCAGCUCGAAUCUGUACAGUUCUUCAAACCACAGACGGGGUUCGUCCGUGGAACCUCCCCCGAGGUGAAGAAUUCCUCUACCUUUCGUGAAAAUAUCUUUGCCAACGCCAAGUUACUUUUGGACACGAAGAGAAAGGCAUCAGGUGAGUCAGCCUACACAUUGGACCAAGAGCAGAACAACCAGAAGGAGGAAAUAAACGAAGCGGACAACCCCAUGUCUGGUAGUCUAACGGAGGAAGGGGAAACCGAACAGAAGCUAUUCUCAAGGAGCAAUGUAUCUGCAUUAGAGCUCUUCAAAAACAACGUAAAUACAUUCCUCUCAUACAAAAAAGAAAAUAUAAUAAAGGAAAACUUGCAUGAAGAUUUACUCUAUGGGAGAGUAAAAGUUCACUGGUUUCCUCAAUUCAUGAAAAGGAUAAUUACAAAACUGCCAGAUUAUAUUAAAGCUAGUGAUGUUAUAGUGGAGGUUAGAAAUGGAAUGAUCCCGUUCGUGUUCGACGACUUAUAUGCACUCGACAUUUUUAAUUUUAGGACAAACAAACCCAGGAUAAUUGUCUACACGAAUUGUGAUCGGUCUUCCAUUAAAGGGAACGAAGAAUGGGGUAGCUUCUACAGAAGAAAACUCUUCUGGUACGAUAAGCAUUUUAAUAAAAAAAUAGAAAAUAAAGAAGGCAUGGAAAAUCAACUGAAGAAAAGUGCAGUAAUAUUUGUGGAUGCGAAAAAUGGGAAGAAGGAAAUUAUUGUGUUAAAAAAAUUAAUUAACAGAUUAUGUCACCAUGUGAUUGAGCGGAAAAAAAAAAAAGGUCUCCACAAUUACAAAGUCAAGUGCAUUUUUAUCGGUUUACCUAACGUUGGCAAGUCGGCUCUUAUUAACCGUAUACUGGAAGUGAAGAAGCCCAAGUCGUAUGACCACCCAGGUCUAACCACUAACAUACAAAUGUAUUCUUGCAAAAAGUAUGAACUCAUUGAUACGCCUGGAAUAUUAGCUCCUAAUCUUUACACACUCAGGGAGAGAGGCAUGACGACCAAGAAUGCCAUUCUGGAUAGGAUUUAUAAUAGACAUUCGAGUGACAAUAACAAUAGCGAUAACACCGCAUGCAUUCGACAUUACAACAGUUACAUGCACGUGGAAAAUAAUAUUUACCUGCUUGCUCUGUGCAAUCACAUAACUCCAAAAAUGUAUGACAUAUACAACGUGGCGGAGACGCUACUACAGAAUAUCCACCGUGCUUAUCUUUACGACAAUGAGUAUGUAGAUAUGGGUAAAGUAAUCAAGCGCUAUCAAAUUAACUUCACGGAUUGCCUUGAUUUUGAGGGAAAAUUCUGCGCCUACCAUUUUAUACAGCGCCUGGCAAGGGAUCGCUUCCACAACGACUUGAACCAGGCCUCCAUGCGCCUCGUUACCGACUUUCGCAAGGGCUACCUUGGCCGCAUGACGCUUAGCUACCCCCUCUACUUCAACCGGCGGGCCAUUCGAUUGCGCGUGGCCCAGGGGUACACACGUCAGCCAGGCGACCGCUAUGUGGGCUGGUGA